CAAGCGCGAGGAUAUUCACUAGGAUAGUGAUCUCCUUGACAACACGAACGUUUGUUUUCGUCCUCCCUACAAACUGCUGAGGGUUUUAUUGAUGAAUUAUGGUAUUAUUGAUGAAUCUACAAAGCCAGCAUCAUAACCUACCUAAUGGCAAAGCUUAACAACGCGUCUGAAAUCAACAUGUCUUGCGUUUUGUUGGCGUUAUAGCGAAGUCGAAGUACUGUUGCGCUCUUGUGGCUGUAACGUGAGUUUCUGUGAAGUGUUGAGGAGCUGGCUGUAUUUAGGGAACUCCACGCGUCCAUAGAGGCGGCGCUUAUUGGAGUUCACUAAAGAGCCAGAGACAGUUUCAGCCCGGAGAGUCAUUCUGCUUUUGACUCAACGCUAAACAGUUGAUUUCGAUACGAUUUACAUCUGUUUAGUAGUUAUAUUAUGAGUUGGUUUUUUAAAUCGUUCCGUCCAGUGAUUUUUGUCCUGGCUUCCACAUGAAAACUGCUCAUCGACCAAAGACUGUAGCCUUCCCACAGUGCUGCCCCUGUAUUGGUUUUAAGGUUCCUCUGGACAGCUUCAGUCCCCUCAGAGAUGCUGAGCCAAAGCACAUACAUUGAGAAGGACUUCCAAGCACCAGAUUAAAAGAAACGCAUCUCCCUGUAUUCAUCUACCUCUGUCUUCAAACAUCCAAAGUUCAGUCUUAAAAGAAUGGCUUUUUUAAUAAAAAAGAAGAAGUUUAAGUUUCAGAUACACUUCACCCUGGAAGAGCUCACGGCUGUGCCGUUUGUGAACGGGAUGCUCUUCUGCAAAAUCAGACUGUUGGAUGGUGGAGACUUUUCCAUUUCUUCAUCCAGGCAGGAGGUUCAGGAGAACUGUGUUCGCUGGCGAAAGAAGUACUCCUUUGUGUGCAAGAUGAGUGCCAGUCCUGCCACGGGGGUCCUGGACCCCUGCAUUUGCCGAGUGUCUGUGCGUAAGGAACUUAAAGGUGGAAAGGCUUUUUCAAAGCUGGGCUUUGCUGACCUCAACUUGGCGGAGUUUGCUGGUUCAGGCUCCACUGUUCGCUGCUGUAUACUGGAGGGCUAUGACACCAAGAACACUCGGCAGGACAACUCCAUACUCAAGGUUACCAUUGGCAUGACUCUUCUCUCUGGAGAUCCCUGCUUCAAAACGCCUGUGAGCACAGCUAAGACCAUUGCCAUGGCUGGGCAGGACCCCUCUCUGCAGCUGGACCGCAAGGGAGAGGGUACCGCCGACCACUCUCCAGCACCCCUCGGCGGCAGCACUCGCCGAUCACUCAAAAUCAGACCCUGUGUGAACAACUCGGGAGGUCUUCAGGAGGGGUUGGAGGAGAACCUGUCCAGUCCAGAUGAAGUGUUCCACACGGGACACUCUCGCAACUCCAGCUUUGCCAGCCAACAGAGCAAAAUCUCAGGUGGGACUCAGGGCACGAUCAAAAGAGCAUCAGGCUACAGCACAGAGCACUCUCACUCCUCCAGCCUGACAGAUCUGUCCCAGCACCGCCGGAACACCUCCACCAGCAGCAGCAACACAUCAGGAGGCACGUCUACAACUAUCGAGAGCCCCGUAGAGCCGGAGAAAGAGGUGGUAAAACCAGAGAGGCCCCCACGUCCCCCUCGCCCUGCUCUGCCCCCAAACAGACCCUCAAGGAGAAAGAAGGACUCUGUGGAGAGCCAUCCCACGUGGGUGGACGACACACGAAUCGAUGCAGAUGAUAUUGUGGAGAAGAUUGUGCAGAGUCAGAACUUUGCAGAUGUCAGCAACAAUGAAGACAGCAAUUUAACACUGUUUAUCAGUAGAGAUGGUACCACAGCAUUAAGUGGCAUCCAGCUUGUCAACAGGGUGUCUGCAGGUGUUUUUGAACCGGUGGUGAUUGAGAGCCAUUAGAUCUCCGAGAUCGCGACGGUCACUCUCUCACACAGCCAUGUUUUUUUGUUUUUUUCGAUUGAGAGAGCAAGACAGGGACUAUAUGUCAGAGUGGGCAACUGACUUCACAACUUGCUCCUCUUAUGGGUCUGAGAAAUUACUUGCAUAUUACAGCUGUAACACCCUAAUUGUGCAUUACAUUUGCUGAGAAAAAAAAACCCCAAAAAAACUGGUGGUGGGUACGUUUUUGUAACAUUCAUGGUUCUUUGAUUAAGAGUUAAUCAUCAUAAAUAUUUUACAGCAGAUUCUGAGAAUACAAACUACUUGAAAGUGAGGCACAAUGGGAACUUCAGUCUAACACUGUGAAAUAUGAGGGCAGUCCAAAAGAUUUAGAAAUUCAGUUCAAUGUUAUAUUCACUUUUUAAUCAAUUAUUUAAUGUUUUAAAGAGGGGUGAUUUAAUAUCCUUUAUUUCUUUGUGAUGCAUUUCACACCCAUAUUAUACACAAACCACUAAAAUCUGCCCUCGCAUACAUUGUAAUAAUGCAGUUUAGUCAGUAACCAACCAAUUGGCCUGUGGUAAACAUUGAUUAAUGUGCCUGAAAUCAUGUAUGGCUGGCCAUACAAAUAUGUCUUAGGCAGAGAAAAUGGUUUGGCCGUUUCCCCCAUAAUAACCAUUUUCAGUAUCUCAACACUUAUGCUUAUUUAUCCGAGGUGGGCAAUGGUUUGCUUGUAUAUGUUCCAGCUGGACUGGUGAACAUGAAAUACAGAAAUAUACUGUACUUGUCUCCCUUUCAGUUAAAUUCCCCAUUUUUAACUCAGUCUGUCAGUAUUUCUGUUUCAAAUCUAUUCAAAUCUUUCACUUUGCUGCAUGUUUCAGCUUCAAAUAUUUGUGUGACUCUGAGUUUUGGCUCUGACAGCACUGCGGUGCACCCAACAACAGCUCAGCCACCAUUUGUGGCAUUCUCUCGCUAGGGUCUUGUCAGUAUUAAAAUGUUCGUGUGACUCGUAUCCUAGUGAGAUCCUGUAUUCAGAUGCAAGAGCAAAUGAUUUGGAGAGUCCUUGUAAUAAGACACAGCUGAAUAAUUGCAUUGUUUGUGGAGCUAGAUCAGAUACAAUGACUCAUAGUCACAUGUCUGUCCUUGGCAACCGCGUCUGUGUUUCUGACCGGCACCUGGUGUGCCCUAAGAAACAGUAUACAAUAGGCAUGACGGUGACAGAGAGAGAAAGGGAAGGCCAGUUUUCUGUUUCUCUGUCAUGUGCUGCUUGUUUGUCAUCUAAUUAGCUAUUCAUGAUCUUAAUCAUGGACGUGAAUCUUUCUCAGUUGAUCUGAGAGCAUUCGCCACAUUAAAAACUGACAUUGUGAGUUUUUUAUACUCAUUUCGCACGCUAUUUUUGUCAGUUGAGAGAAAAGUGCAAUGUGGGCCUGUUUUGUGUGAGCCCAUUUUUGAGUUCGUUCAGGGAAUUGGCCCUUAAAUAUUUCACCUGUCCAGUGGCUUAAAAUGACAUGCUUAAGCAGAAUCACUAUUCACUAGUACAAAAUAGAGGUGAAGUUACGUUACAUUUGAAAGUUUUAAAUUUAUAUUAACUUUAUUUUUAUUGCUCAUGCCAUUUUAAACUAACAAAUGAGUGUGUGGCGUGAUCCAGCUGCUUUUCUGCAGGGUUAGUACUCCUGGAAAUUUAAAGUAACACUAACUUUGAAAGGGCAAAAAAUAUGGUAGUUAUGUGGCCUGAUAAAGCUUAGUGUUCUGGAUGUUUCUGAUUAGCUAGUAUAAAGGGAUUCUCUAAAGACACUGAAAAACUUAUCUUAAUGUUUGUUGUUUACUCUUUGUACCUGUUGUCUACUCUUACACAAAAAAGCUAUUAGCGACCAAGAACAAUAACUCUAUCCUGCCAUUUCUGUAUUUUCGAACCAGCAGGCUGGUUCAUUUGAAUCAUUUUUUUUUUUUUUUUUUUUCUUUUGGGGGGGAUUUUUUUUCCUCUCAACCUUGAUGUCAAAUAUUUCUGUGUCUAACAUUUGUCAUGGCAUGAAAUAAUGACCUGUGAUUAUUGUUCUUUUUCUUUCUUCUCUCUUUCUCUAACAAAGACUUUUAUAAUGUUGAUGUUUUUAGUCAUAAUUGACUGUAAUCUGUGAUCUUUCAAAUGUAGAAGAGUGUAUAUAUAAAUAUAUAUGCACACCUACUUGGUCUAUUUAUGAUGCUGUUGCAAGGAGCUGACUGGGGUCUAUAUGCAAAAGUUCAAGUUGGAAGCAAGAUGGAUUAUGUCAUUUAUUAUUAAUUGUAUACAUUUCAAUAAUCUGUAUUCCUUGUUUUCUUUAAAAAUGAGGUGGUUCAGUUAACGUGUUCAU